GUAGCGCCGCACGUGACGUUCGUCGGUGGGUGGUGGGAUGGACUCCCAUUUAUUACCGAGUGAAGGGAAGUGAAGUAGUAGUAAGAAACGUAACAAUUGCCCAUCCUUUCCUUUCUCCAUUCUCCAAUCUCCACUCUCCAUAGUGUGGAAUUUUGGGCGGGGGAGCGUAAAAACCGCGAUGUUGUUGUUGGUGCGAGGGGAAGACGUUAAAAGCAGCACGAAGACGCGAACCCGGUCAAAUGGCUCGGGUCAAAACCCUAAUUUGCAGAAGCAGCCCAACCAAACUUCCAUUUACCUACACAUCUACCUGCAAGAACAGCUUUCCCAUACCCAUUCCACCCUCCAUUGCGAUACAAGUACCGAUCUCCCUCCCCCGCUACUCUUUCUUCUGAUUCUCUUCUCUCCUAUUCUUACAUGAUGAUGAAGGCGGUGGUGAUGACGAAGAUGAUGGUGCUCAAGACCUGAUGCUCAAUUCCACGAAGCGCAUGCCAGCGUUUCGGCUGAAUUGAAUUCCACAGCAGUACGACGAACAUGCUCUUCUUGUAGCCUUCGGUUACACUCAAUCAGGAGUUGGCUUUGGAGUUUACGAAAGAAAAUAAUCUUCUAUAUAUAUUUUGUUUGGAGGAAAGGGUAAAGGAUAUGGAGGGUAACUCCGGAGGAACGGACGUGGAGCUUCACUGUAAGACGCUUCAGGUGGAGCACAAGCUGUUCUACUUCGACCUCAAGGAGAAUCCCCGGGGACGUUAUCUAAAGAUUUCGGAGAAGACUUCCGCCACCAGGUCCACCAUCAUCGUCCCUUCUGGCGGCAUUUCUUGGUUCCUAGAUCUCUUCAAUUACUAUGUCAAUUCCGACGAACAAGAUGUUUACAGCAAGGAAUUGCAGCUCGACACCAAGGUGUUUUACUUUGACAUUGGCGAGAACCGACGGGGUCGGUUUUUGAAGGUAUCUGAAGCUUCUGUUAGCAGAAACCGGAGUACAAUCAUUGUUCCUGCAGGGAGUGCUCGAGAUGAGGGGUGGGCAGCAUUCAGGAACAUUUUGGUGGAGAUCAGUGAAGCAUCGCGGCUUUUGAUGAUGCCCAAUCAGCAAAAUUCUGAGGCUUCAGAGCGUCUUGUUGGCCUUUCAGAUGAUGUUGGGGCGGGCUUCAUAUCUGGACACAGUAGUCAACCUGCUGCCGCAUCUGAAUUGAAUGUAGACAGGUCGGUUGAACUCCCACCACAAGAUGAAAUUGGUAAUCUUGGGGUUUCAAAAGUGAUCAGGGCGGAUCAGAAGAGGUUCUUCUUUGAUCUUGGAAGCAACAACAGGGGUCAUUUCCUGAGGAUAUCUGAGGUUGCAGGAUCAGAUCGCUCUUCCAUCAUCCUUCCGCUCUCUGGGCUGAAGCAGUUUCAUGAAAUGGUGGGUCACUUUGUGGAGAUCACCAAGGAUCGAAUUGAGGGAAUGGGUGGCGCGAGUGUUCGGACAGUGGACCCCCCACAAAGGUGAAUUCUGAGUUCACUCUAUAAAGAAAGAGUUUGAAAGAAAGGCAGGAGUCCAGUCCCAUGGAGGGUUUUCUUAGAGCUUAUCUAGGUACGUGGAGGAGAGUGGUUUGUUUAGGGCUGCAACUUAACAUUCUCACGUUCACUCUCACUCCCACUACAUGUGUUCUGUUAUUUUGUCUGUGUCAUUCAGAAUUCAGAUUCAGUGUGGAAAUAAUCUUGCACCUCUGUCGGAUCUGCCAGAGAAGUUGGGAGUUGUUAUUUCCUGUCUAACCCUUUGAAAUAAAAAAAAAAAAAAAACUGUAUUUUCAGGUCAGACGCGGAAUAACAGGGAAAGAAAAUGCCAGAAAAUUGUACUUGUGAUUGUGACGGUGUGGUGGCUGACGUUUACAAUAAUUAAUCAUUUGUGGGGAGACGAUUCUCUUCUUA